UCGUCAUGGCCAUAGGAUGUGAGCGAAAAGUGCAGGGGAGAGCAGAAUUCCUUUCUUUCGCGGUUACAUUCAAAUUCUUCUCUCGUUUCUUUGAUCAUCAACAACCGAAACGAUGCCGCUUCGACCUAAUUCCAAGAACGAUUCUAAGCCCGAUUCCAAGGCCGAUGCUCGCCGUAAUCGCUACAAGGUCGCCGUCGACGCUGAAGAUGGUCGCCGGAGACGUGAGGACAAUAUGGUUGAGAUUCGCAAGAACAAGCGUGAAGAGAGUUUGCAGAAGAAGCGUCGUGAAGGCCUUCAAAAUCAACAACAGUUACCCGUUACCUUCGAUUCAAAGUUCGAGAGUCUUCCUGCACUGGUUGCUGGUGUCUUGUCCAACUAUGGUAGUGCGCAACUAGAAGCCACCACACUGUUUCGUAAACUGCUUUCAGUUGAUCGGACCCCUCCGAUUGAGGAGGUUAUUCAAUCUGGUGUUGUGCCACGUUUUGUUGAGUUUCUUGCUAGGGAAGACUCCCCUCUACUUCAGUUUGAGGCUGCAUGGACGCUGACAAACAUAGCAUCUGGAACUUCUGAGAACACUAAGGUGGUGAUUGAUCACGGAGCAGUUCCUCUAUUUGUCACGUUGCUUAGGUCACCUAGUGAGGAUGUUAGAGAGCAGGCUGUGUGGGCUUUGGGAAAUGUCGCUGGUGACUCCCCUAAGUGUCGUGAUCUAGUGCUCAACCAUGGUGCCCUUGUCUCACUGUUGGCCCAGUUCAAUGAGCACACCAGAAUUUCAAUGCUGAGAAAUGCCACAUGGACUUUAUCAAACUUCUGUAGGGGAAAGCCACCACCUGCAUUUGAGCUGGUGAAACCUGCGCUUCCGGCUCUUGAGCGUUUGAUUUUGUCGGAGGAUGAAGAAGUUCUGACAGAUGCCUGCUGGGCUUUAUCAUACCUAUCUGAUGGCACAAAUGACAAAAUCCAAGAAAUUAUUGACGCAGGUGUAUGUGGCCGAUUGGUGCAGCUCCUUAAGCACCAAUCUGCUUCAGUGUUGAUCCCUGUUGUUCGUGCAGUGGGAAAUAUUGUGACGGGAGAUGAUGAUAUGCAGACUCAGUUGAUGAUCAAUCAUGGUGUACUCCCUUACCUUUUAAGCCUUUUGACACAAAAUCAUAAGAAAUCCAUCAAGAAAGAAUCUUGUUGGACUAUAUCAAACAUAACAGCUGGAAGUAAAGAGCAAAUACAGGCUGUUAUUGAUGCCGGUCUUAUUGCUCCACUUGUCAGACUUCUUCAAAAUGCAGAGUUUGACAUUAAAAAAGAAGCUGCAUGGGCAAUAACAAAUGCUACAGCUGGUGGAGAUCAUGAGCAAGUCAAGUACUUGGCGGAUCAGGGUUGCAUAAAACCACUGUGUGAUCUGCUUAAUUGCUCCGAUGCAAGAAUCAUCAUGGUCUGUUUAGAGGGUCUAGAGAAUAUUCUGACUGUUGGAGAAGAAGAGAAGAGGCGAGGUAACACUGAAGAUGACAACUUGUAUUUUCAGAUGAUAGAUGUUUCUGAGGGAUUUGACAAGAUAGAAAACCUGCAAAGUCAUGAUAACCAAGAAAUAUAUGAGAAGGCUGUUAAAAUUCUUGAAACAUAUUGGUCGAACGAUGAAGAUGAGAUGCUACCUUCAGAUCAAUCUGGUUUCAACUUUGGAAGCCAAAAUCUUCCAUCUGGUGGAUUCAAUUUUAGAUGAAGACCUUUCCUUGAGAAGGGACUUGGUUGAACGAAUAAGGGAUUUAUGCUGAGAGGCGGUUGUGGUCAAGUCUGGAGAGUCAGUGAGUCGGUCAUCGCACCUUGUGUCUGGAUACAGUCUGGUCUUGUAUCCAUUGCUGUUAAUAAGGUGCUGGGGAGUGGGGGGGGAUCAGUUUAAGCUACCAUGUCUACAAACGGAGUGGCUGGUGUAUGGAACAGAAGCAUGGCCUUGUCGGCUACACAAGCAAAUUUCCAAAGAAAAAGAAAAUAGUGCUUUGUUUGUACAUUCAUGCUUUUCCUACUUUAUUUUUUUCCUAGCAACACGAAGAGUUAUAGAUUGUAUAUAAAUCUGUUUUGGUCUGCACUUAAUUUGGUCAAAAUGACAACUGGUCUUUUUUAGGGAACUUCUACAGUACACUCGUAAAUUGAGGUGUACCAGUACUCUUGCUUCAUAAAUCUAUAAACUAACGAUCAAUUUUAUGAAAUAAAUAAAUAUUUGUCGGCAUUUA